UAUAAAUAUAGGUCAUUCUAGACGGAUGCGUCCUCUCUCUUUCUCCAACUCCACUACACCAGUAUUAACUGCCUCAUCGAAAACCCUAAUCAAACCUUUCUUUUUUCCAGGUAGAUAAUAGAUUUUGAUUGAUCUAUGUGGAUUCUCUCAUAUUCUGGGCAGAAUCUACUCCGGUUGGAGUCUGGCGUCAAACAAAGGUACAUCCUUGAAAGUCUGAAAGUUUUGCCAGAGUUUUAUUAGGCGUUUCUUGAUCAUGUUUGAGAUGUGUCCCAAUUGAUUUCUGUAUUUGUUUUCGAUGUCUUGUUUUGGGUUCUUAGUUAUUGUAGAACCAAUACGUUUCUAGGGUUGGGCAUCGAAUUGUUUACUUAUCGAAUCAUUGAAUUUCUGGGAAACCAAACGAGUGCUUGAUGCUAAUGUAAUGGCACUAGCAUUUAUCUAUAGCCUGCAGAAUCUAUGGCCUUUAUCGAUUUUUAAGUUUGAUGAUUUGAGAGCAUCCAAUGGAUUGGUUAGCAAACUAUCCAUACCCGAGAACAUCAAGAGAUUUGUUUAUGCAGUUCGUGAUCCUGAAUCUCAAUCUGUGAUUUACAUACUCUCUGUUCAGAAUUUGUCUGAGCGAUCGGCUAUAGAUGCUGAGUGCCUUAUUAGGGAGAUUCGACCCGAAGCUGUUGUGGUUCAGGUGUCUUCUUCUGCAUUAUGUCAAAUUCAAUCAGAGGAGGGGGAAUUGGGAAAUAAUAUAGAAGAACCAGUGCCAACUUCGUUCUUUGGGGUGAUUAAAAGAUGUUUUAUUGAUAAAAUCAGUAAGGACAAGUAUGAAAAUGUGGCUGGAAACUUGGUUUUGAAAGAAAUUUUUGGGAUUGGUUUUUAUGGUCAUAUCAUGGCAGCUAAGAGAGUGGCUAGGGAGGUUGGUUCAUCAUUUUUGUUGCUUGAAACACCACUUGUUCAGACUUCUGUUGUGGAUGAUACUUCCAGUGAAGUUGAUACAGGGAGUGUGGUUCGUGGUUUAGUUAGUAGUUUGAUUCCACAGAAAUUGGGUUCGGCUGUUUCAUCAAGUUCAGGGAAAUUUUGUCUUACAGAUGAAAUUCAGUUCCAGAUGGUGAAGUUAUUGUCUCCAUAUAUGGAAGUAUCUAUGCAGAAGUUACGUCCUUCAAGUUCUGUUUCAGAGGCAGGGUCAAAAGAAAUUCACCCAGGAAGCAGUUACCUGUUGCCACCAUUUGCCCAAUCUGUUUAUCCAUUACUUUCAGAUCUACAUGAUAUAUUUAUUGAUCUUCCUUCAAUAGGACGGGCUUUGGCCUCAUCACAGAAGAUGCUUUAUGGUGUAAGCAGAGGGGAAAUUGUGGAUGCCCAAAUUAUAUCUGAAGUUUACACCUUCCGAAUUGCAGUUGAGGGGCUGAGAAUUGCCCUAAAUAGUGCUGGUAGGUUACCUAUCAAAAGCUUGGGGAAGCCUAACAAAAAUAAGGUUGAGUUUUCAGAGCUUCCAGUUGAAGACAAGUCACAUGCACUCCUUGCACAGGCCCUUCGUAGUCAGACUAGGAAGGUCAAGACUAUAGUAGCUUUAGUAGAUGCUAGUAACUUGGCAGGUCUCAGGAAACACUGGGACACUUCUGUGCCCCCAGAAAUCAAGGAAUUGGUUGGCGAGCUUGCCACUACUUUUGAAUUGGAUGAGGACUUUUCAAAUCAGACAGACAAGAAGAGUCUAUUUUCUAGUAAAUCUGUAAUGGCAGUUGGAGCUGGAGCAACAGCAGUCUUAGGAGCUUCAUCUCUCUCUAAAGUGGUUCCGACAUCAACAUUCUUCAAGGUUGUAACAUUUAAAUUGCCUGCUUCUCUUAAUUUUGUGCUAACCCAAACUCAGAAGACUAUGGCAAUAGCUCUAAGCAAGACUCUUGGUCCAAAAGUAGUUGCCCCAGGACUGGCAAACUCUGGAGCCAAUGCGACAUCUGUGCUAAAAGCAGCUGCUUCUGCUGAGAAAAUACGGACAGUGGCCCACAGCAUUAUAGCCUCUGUUGAGAAGACCAGUUUUUCAGCCAUGAGAACAGCAUUCUAUGAGAUAAUGAGAAAACGACAGGUCCGACCCAUAGGUUUCCUGCCUUGGGCAACAUUUGGUUGCAGUAUUGCAACGUGCUCAGCUUUGCUUAUGUAUGGAGAUGGGAUUGAAUGUGCUGCUGAAUCUGUUCCUGCCGCCCCUUCAAUUGCCAGUUUGGGUCGUGGGAUUCAAAAUUUGCAUCAGGUAUCUCAAGAAGUGGGGCAGAAGGAUGGCACCAGAAUACAAAAAGCCAUAGAGUCACUGAUGUAUAGUUUGAGGAAAGUAAAGAUUCAAUAGAGUACAAAUCUUCUCUUCAUUGUAUACUAGAAGUGAUUGCCCCUAAAUUUAGAGAAUUCUUCUGUAAAUAAUGCGUAUACAUUGGGGUUUUUACUAUCAUCAUGGAUGAUUAUCUUUAUAUUCUUUGUUUGAAGUUAAUUUUAAACGAUAAAGCUUUAUUGUUAUACAACCAAGAAAGCCAUUAACGAGUAUUCUUUUUUGCCCCUCUAUAUUUAAGUUCAAAUGGCAGUCUUUCCAUUCUCUGUUA